AGGAGACCAACUGCAAUGCAAAUUCUGCAGCGGUUCGAGGAAUUAAACUCCGACUACGACGACGUUAGGCCGUUUCAACAACAAUUUGCAAUGGCUGAAAUGCUCACCCAAAAAGACCAGGAAAUUCAACACCUCCGAAGGAAGUUGCAGCAGAAAGAAACAGAACUGGAACUGGUUGGUGAGCGUGAAGUUAUGAGCGGACCUCUGGAGAAGUUCUCUCCGAGGAACAUCAUGAGAAAAUGGAAGUCGUACACUUUCAAACUGAGCGACUCGCACCUAAGGUUCUUUAACUCGUGGAUAAGGAAACCACGUGGUGAGAUCCUGCUCUCUGCUGUGAGCCGUGUGUACAUACCGCACCGCAGUGGUAGACUCCAGGGCGACAAACACUACUUUGAAGUACACUUCAACGGUAGGGACUCACCCUGGAUUCUGUCUGCGUACUCUACGGGGGAACGGAAGGACUGGAUGGCAGCCAUCCGCGCUUGCCAGAAACCAAAGAUGACGGCAAACGCAGCCUACGGAAUGGUCCCACUCACUGCUGGUAUGGACACCCCCGACACCAUCGCUGAAACAGAGAAGGAGCAUGACUACGAGACCAUUGCCCCGCUACAGUCUCCACUGGCACCUCUCCCCGCGAAGGAGAAGCCCACACUUCCCCACCGACCGGAGGAUUUGAAACGAAGACCGGCUCCUGAUCAAAGUGAUGUCACAGAUGAAGAAAAGAGACGAAAACCGAAACCACCCAUGGAAAGCCUAGCACCCAUAAAAGAGGUGACGACCCCGACUUACGAUAAGACCGUUGCUACCCUCAACCGCCGAGCAACCAAAUUCACCCCAAACCAGUUAAGCCAUCUUAUCACCAUGCUGCAGCAAACCCAACAGGAGGCAGUAGGCGGUCCCGAAAGUGGCGAUGAAAAGAAGGAUGCAGGAGGGAAGGAGCCACUGAUCAGAGUUGAAGAUAAGGACAGUGAUCCAUCUUCCGACUCCAACAAAGUCCUGCCGUACUACAUAAACUAUAGCAGCCUGCUUGAAGCCGACAACAGUCCACAAGAGAAGCAGGCAACGUUUCCUCGCUCCACCACCAAAUCACCCUACUAUGUCAACUACUUGGAUGUGUGUGACCGUCGUGGGAGGCCUAGCUCGGUGAAAAAUCACGGUGACUCAGAGCAUAGACCUCGCUCUGUAUCUCCGACAGGUCGCGACUCGCCCUACUUCACCUUCAGCAACAUGAUGGGUGGUGUUUCGAGGGAGAACAGCCAUAGCCAGAGUCACUUGGACCUGAGGGACAUGGGCACACAAGACGGCACGGGUAAAGGUUUGCGCAAACCGGCACCUUUCCCCAAACCUUCAAGUCCACCCCCUUAUCUCGUGCCACUGCCCUCUUCCCAUGGAAAACAGCGAGAGACACUGCAACACAUACUGAAGCAGAGCAAGCAAGCUCCAGAAUCUCUGCUCAUCACAGAAGAUGACACUCCCGAAGAGUAUGUUUCUCGCCCUCAGUGGGCAAAAGCAAAUACAAAGCGUCCUGGGCCCAAUACACUGGCAGCGAUGCAUCGCAGAGGAAUCUACAUUAUGCCGAAACUUCUAACUAAAGUUGUGAGCUUGGGAGAAGGUCGGUAUGGGAAGGUGUACAAGGCAGAAAUGCUGAUAAAGUAUGGAGCCAACAUAAAAGUUGUGGUCAAGUCUGUCAAUCGCAUUACGACUGAACUUCAAAAGGAGGUGACCGUCAUGUCAGAGGUGGUGCAUCCCAACAUUGUCCGUCUCUAUGGACUGAUAAAUGAAGGUGUAAUGAAACCUGCAAUUGUGAUGGAGCAUCUGCCAAAUGGAGACCUAAAGACCUUCUUAUCGAGAAAUGAGAGAGACAAUCUGCAACUGAUGAAGUACAUGGUCGAUGUCGCUAUAGGUAUGCACUACCUGUCCGAGAAGGGAAUCAUCCACAGGGUAAGCAGAUUCUAACAUUUACAGUUGAGAAUCACCAGUUUUCCCCUUAAGGAUUUGGCGGCGCGCAACGUUCUGGUUGACACAAAUGAGCUGUGCAAAGUGGCAGAUUUCGGUCUGGUGCGAGAGGUUCCCAGUGAGAGCACGCUAUUUGCACCCGAAUCGAGGGGACCCUCCACCAUUCGUUGGAUGGCACCCGAGAGCAUCUCCAAACAGGUGGUCUCUCCUGCCUCUGACAUCUGGAGUUUUGGGAUACUCCAGUGGGAGAUGUUCAACGCCAAAAAGCUCUACCCCUACCCUGCCCUGCACAACGAGGAGGUGGUGGAGAAGGUGACCAGCGGGUACCCCAUGCCAACUCCGCGCAGAGCGCCCCAGAUUGUGGUGAGGAUCAUGAAAGCCUGUUGGAACAGCGAGCCGUCCCGGAGACCCAGUUUCCUCCUCAUCGCAAACCUUCUCACCAGCCAUAUGAUGGGCGAUGACGAUUGAUUGAUUGACUUCCAAAAUAUUUAAAAAACUCCUUUUGUGUUUGUUAGCAAAUUUCAAAAUAGUG